AUGCCAAGGUGGCCUCUUCCCAGUAAGCCAUUCAUGCUUCCCUCCAGGGACUGGGUGAGGUGACCCUCCUAUAUGCUUCUGUUGCACACAGUGCCUACCCCUGCAGACUACAGUGUGUCUUUAUCUAGAGUGCGGUAUUUAUUUAUUUAUUUUUGAGACAAGGUCGGGCUCUAUCACCCGGGCUGGAGUGCAGUGGCACCAUCUUGGCUCACAGCAACCUCCGCCUCCUGAGUUCAAGUAAUUCUCCUGUCUCAGCCUCCUGAGUAGCUGGGACUACAGGUGUGCCCCACAACGCCCCGCUAAUUUGUGUAUUUUUAGUAGAGC